CCGAUACUACAUAGAGACCUAGUGCAUCAUGGCCGUGGUCGCAGCUAGCGCCUCGUCAAGACCCCCUGCUCCCUCGAGGAAACCGCGCUGGCUAGCCUUCCUGGAUCGGACCAAUGUGACGGUCACUAGUAUCACAGCUUGCUUCCUUCUGUACUCUCGUUCAGCUGGCAUCGCGUAUUUUUGUAUUGGUGCUGUCGCAUGCUCUCUCUCUGUAAAGGUGGUCAAGAAAGCUCUCAGGCAGCCUCGACCGAUGGGCGCGACUCACAAAAUAUCUUAUGGGAUGCCAUCAACACAUUCGGCCACAAUAUCCUAUUAUGCAACAUUCAUCCUUCUCGCUUGUGCUCAUUCAGCGAUCCAUCCGACUCUUCCAGCGCACCCUCUUACCCGGAUCAUACCACCCUUGAUUGUACUCCCGUGGGCAUUGGCCAUCGCAGCUUCUCGGGUAUGGCUUGGUCAUCAUACCGGGGCGCAGGUCGGCGUCGGUUGUGCUUACGGUGUAGCGUGGGCAGCUGCUUGGUAUCACUGGUGGACUCACUACGGCAUAGAGUACGGCCGCAUACUCGAGCAAUUUGUGAAUUCUCACAUUUAGAAUGACGAACCUACAAGCUAUGUAAAC